GGUUUGGUGAUGUAAUGAAGUAAAAGAGGAGUAAAAAAUGGCGGAGAACAGUGGCACAGAUCCUGCCGUGGACAGGAACGCCGAGGAAAAUGCUGCCACCAGCGGGACCAUUAUAAUGGUCACUGUCAAAACACCUAAGGAUAAGGAGGAAAUAGCGAUCUCGGAAGAUGCGUCUGUUGCACAGUUCAAAGAAGAAAUCUCCAAAAGGUUCAAGGCAAAGCAGGACCAAUUAGUCUUGAUCUUUGCUGGUAAAAUCCUGAAAGACGGCGACACACUCACUCAGCACGGCAUAAAGGAUGGCCUCACUGUUCACCUUGUCAUCAAAACUGCACAAAAGGCCACAGGCGGAGGUUCCACGGCUGCUUCGUCUAGUUCUGGUGCGUCGCAGGUCAGCAGCGGCACUGCAGCCACGGCGAACACCAGUCCAGCUGGCAACCUGGGCACAUCGCAGGGCAGCGGGCCAUCGCCGGCUCCCUCGCAGCCAUCCAACAUAUUCACUGGCUUCGGUGACCUGUCCAGUCUGGCCAACCUGGGCAUGGGCUCGGCCAACUUCAUGGAGCUCCAGCAGCAGAUGCAGCGGCAGCUCAUGUCCAACCCGGAGAUGCUCUCGCAGAUCAUGGAGAAUCCACUGGUUCAGAACAUGAUGUCCAACCCCGACCUGAUGAGGCAGAUGAUCAUGGCCAAUCCGCAGAUGCAGCAGCUGAUGGAGCGAAACCCCGAGAUUUCACACAUGCUCAAUAACCCUGAGCUGAUGAGACAGACAAUGGAGUUGGCGAGGAACCCUGCCAUGAUGCAAGAGAUGAUGCGUAACCAGGACCGGGCGCUUAGCAACCUAGAGAGCAUCCCCGGGGGAUACAACGCUCUCCGGAGGAUGUACACAGACAUCCAGGAGCCCAUGUUUAGCGCCGCACGCGAGCAGUUUGGAAACAAUCCCUUCUCAGCCUUAGGUGGGAAUACAGACACCUCGGGGGCCCAGCCCUCCAGGACAGAGAACCGAGAGCCACUGCCAAAUCCAUGGGGACCGCCUGAGACCAGUUCUUCUGGGACUGCCACCUCCAGCAGCUCUACCACAAGCUCCACCACCCCCACUGUCUCCAACCCCCUGGGCAUCAACUCUGCCAGCUUGGGCUCCGGCAUAUUUAACAGCCCUGGUAUGCAGAGCCUGAUGCAGCAGAUCUCAGAGAAUCCUCAGCUGAUGCAGAACAUGCUCUCUGCUCCCUACAUGCGCAGCAUGAUGCAGUCUCUGGCGCAGAACCCUGACAUCGCCUCGCAGGUGUUGAUGAACAACCCUCUUUUUGCUGGAAACCCCCAGCUGCAGGAGCAGAUGAGACAUCAGUUGCCAGUAUUUCUACAGCAGAUGCAGAACCCUGAAGCCCUCUCUGUGAUGACGAACCCUCGGGCCAUGCAGGCUCUGAUGCAGAUACAGCAAGGCCUACAGACCCUCCAGACCGAAGCUCCUGGACUCAUGCCCAGUCUGAUUGCCGGAGGAGUUCCUGCCGGGAUCCCCACAGGGGUUAACGUGACUUCUUCUGAGAGUGCUCCACCCCCAACUUCUGGACAGGGCUCCACUCCUGCUGCAGGAACCAACUCCUCCCAACAGCAGCUCAUGCAACAGAUGUUGCAGAUGUUCGCCGGCGGAAGCGCAUCGACCCAGACUCCAGAGGUGCGUUUCCAGCAGCAGCUGGAGCAGCUGAGCGCGAUGGGCUUCAUCAACAGAGAGGCCAACCUGCAGGCGCUCAUCGCCACGGGGGGAGACAUCAACGCCGCCAUCGAAAGACUGCUCGGCUCGCAGCCAUCUUAAUCCCUUCAGCACCUAAUCACAACCAGAGACAAGUCACAGUCACGAACACAGUCCCUCAUCACCUAAUAUCUGACAGAUAGACUGAAUUCCAGUUGCUUCUUCCUUUAACGCGGUUGAUCUGUGAAUCUUAAGAAAUUGGGGUUCUAAAAUUUAUUCCCUUAAAAAAAAUCACAAUGGAAUGACAUCAAGCUAACCCCUCGUUCAUUUCUGACUGCGUCCAUUAAUAAAUACAUCAGGGCAAUGCUGUGAACCAAGUGUAGGUUAUCAUUCCUUUUAAUUGACACAUACUCACUCGAGGCACUACUUCUUCCUGGUUUUUGCGGAGUAGAAAAGCAUAAUGGUGAUCUCCCAAGUCAGAAGAACUCUUUGUCUUUCAUGAGGAUGGUCAGUUUCCUUAAUUCUCUCUCUCUCUCUCUCUCUCUCUCUCUCUCUCUCUCAAAUCAUGCCUGACUAAACCAGUAUUUAUUGCAAACACCUAGAGAUUACCUUUUACUCCUUUAUUGACGCUCCAGGAUUCACAAAGCUUCUUGUUUGACAUUAAUUGCAAUUUAAUAGAGGAAGAUGAGUCCUUGUCUGAGCAUUAUAACAGCCUCAUGCAGACGAUUGCUUACUCUUCAUCUGUUAGAGGGGAAUUAAUUUUUUUUUUUUUUUUUUUUGGAAAGAUGUGAGAUAUCCAGUCAUCUCUUAGUCUUUUUGCCUUUUAGGAGCAGUAUGAUUGAUUGAAUUGCUGGUUUAAAAAACAAUUAAGCUUGUGGCUUUGGGGUAAGGUUGUAACAAGGCAUCAAUAAAAAAUAUUUCUCAGCUUACAAGCAACGCUGAAAGCAGACACCAUUUGUUUUGACCAUAUCUUUAUGCUUUGAAAUAGUACUCUAGUGUGUGGAAAAAAGACCCGCAUUGUGUGCUGGAUACAUCAUCUUACAGUUGAUGUAGUGAGCAAGCCUGGUAACAGCAUGAACGUGAUGCUUUCCUGUGCACCGAUCUCAGUGCUAAUCAUCAUGAGUCUAAUGGAACUAACAGUUGAGUUUUUGAUGUGAAUUAAAAUGUGUUCAACUUUG